AUGGCAGAGGCGGAGGAGCUUCCCAAAACUAUCGUACGCCGCGUGGUGAAGGAAAAGCUAUCCACUUGCUCCGACGACGGAGACAUUGCCGUCCACAAAGACGCUCUUCUCGCAUUCUCCGAAAGUGCCAAAAUCUUCAUCCACUACCUUUCCGCUACGGCUAAUGAUAUAUGUAAGGAGUCAAAGAGGCAAAUUAUCAAUGCUGAAGAUGUUCUCAAAGCUCUUGAAGAAACUGAGUUUACUGAAUUUGUUAACCCUCUAAAAGAUUCUCUUGAAGAGUUUAGGAAGAAGAAUGCUGGGAAGAAAGCAAGGGUGUCAAAGGGAAAGGGAGAUGAGAAGGGAAAGAAAAGAAAGUUGGAAGGUGAGCUGUCUGAUAAAGGUGAGCCAUCUGAAAAAGGCGAUAAAGGUGAGCCAUCUGAAAAAGGCGAAAAAGGUGAGCCAUCUGAAAAAGGCGAUCAAGGUGAACCAUCUGAAAAAGGCGAUCAAGGUGAGCAAUCUGAAAAAGGCAAACAAGGUGAACCAUCUGAGAAAGGCGAUCAAGGUGAGCCAUCUGAGAAAGGCGAACAAGGUGAGCCAUCUGAGAAAGGCGAACAAGGUGAUGAUGAUGACCUAUGGCAUUAG